AUGAAGGCUGACAUCACCCAAAUAGUCCCGGCGCACCUGACGACCUGGGAAUGGAUGUUCGAGGCCCGCGAGUACUCUCCUCUAUAUCAGCCCUGCGGGGAGGAGCAGUCUCUAGGCGGCUAUGUCGAUGCCAUCACCCAUGAACGGCUGGACUGGGCCGACGUGAAGAUCAAAGCGACCCAGUUGAGUACUACGCUGAUCCGCGAGUAUGGUCUCCAACCGGGCGAGACGGUGUCGCUGUUCAGCACAAACACCAUCUGGUACCCUGUGGCCAUGUGGGCGGUGAUUCGAGCCGGUGGUCGAAUCAACGGAGCUUCGCCGGCUUACAAUGCAGAAGAGAUGACGCAUGCAUUGAAGACUGCCAAGUCGCGGUUCCUCAUGACAUUGCCGACGUCGCUGGACGUGGCGCUGGCAGCGGCGCAGAAGGCGGGGAUUCCACGGUCUCAUGUCUUCUUGCUGCAAGGCGCUGGCAGGGCAGCGGGGUUCACGACGAUCCAGGAGCUCAUGCGCCGCGGAGAGAAGUACAGCCCGUAUCCGCCGUACCGGAUACCAGAGGGCAAGACGAAUGCUGAAGUUUGUGGAUUUCUCAACUUCAGUAGUGGGACGACGGGGUUGCCGAAAGCGGUCAUGCUGUCCCACCAGAACAUCAUCGCGCAGUGCCAUCAGCUCAAACAGCUCCAGACGCCGGGACCGUAUAAGAUUCUGGCCGUGAUGCCUUUGUUCCACAUCACGGGCCUCGUCCGAUUCUGCACAUACCCGGUCCUCAUGAACGGCGACAGCAUCAUGCUCCCGUCCUUCAGCAUGGAAUCGAUGCUCCAAGCCAUCUGCGAGUUCCAUAUCCGAGAACUCAUCCUGGUGCCGCCGAUCCUCAUCCGCCUCGUGCGCGACAAGAUAGUCGACAACUACGACCUCCGCCACGUCGAGCGCUGGUCGUCCGGCUCGGCGCCCAUCUCGCCCGAGAUCAUUGCUCUCCUGCAGAAGAAGUUCCCCUGGACAGGAUUCCGACAGGGCUACGGAGCGACCGAGUCUACGGCGUGUAUAUCGGCGCACCCGCCUACUCAUUUCGACUACAAAUACGCCACUACAGGUGGGAUGUUGAUGGCGAACACCGUGGCCAAGGUUCUGGACUUGUCCACCGGUGCAGAGCUGGGCGUGAAAAAGACUGGCGAGAUCCUUGCGCGCGGGCCCCAGAUCGCCAUGGGAUACUUGGACAACCCGGCCGCCACGGCCGAGACGUUUGACGCAGAUGGCUUCUUGCAUACAGGUGAUGUGGGCCAUUUCGAUGAAGAAGGGCUCAUCCAUAUCGAAGACCGCAUCAAGGAGAUGAUCAAAGUCAAGGGUCAGCAGGUCGCGCCGGCCGAGCUGGAGGAUCUGUUGCUCGGUCAUGCUGACGUGGAGGAUUGUGCUGUGCUUGGAAUCCAGGACGAGUAUGCCGGUGAAAGGCCCAAGGCGUAUGUCGUGCUCAAGAAAGGCGUGGAGAAGAGUGAGGAGGUCGCGAAGAGGCUGUUGGAGUUUGUCAAGGAGAGGAAAGUCAGGUAUAAGUGGAUUGUGGAGAUUGAGUUUACGGAGCAGGUCCCGAAGAGUCCGACGGGGAAAUUGCUCAGGAGGGUUCUCAAGGUAAGGGAUAAAGAAGGAAAAGAGAGAGGGUUGAGGGUUAGGGAUGAGAAGGAGAGGGCGAGGCUGUGA